AGAAAUCAGAAAAUCUGGUUCUGAUGCCAAGACUCUAUUCUGCGUCAACUAGCAAAUACUUUAAGAUGCCACAUCCACUAUGUCGCGUGUGGAGGUUGGGGUCAGAUCUAAAAUUAUGCGUUGGCUGAGCUGUUUCCUGUGUUUUCCGCUCUGGUGUUUUGACGGCGCUCUCGAUGUUUGAAAGAUCCAAAGAUUGAACCUCCAUGGUGAGAACUGGUCCUGUCAACUUGUCAACAUUGUCCUUGGAACAAUUAUGGGUCCUGGCCAAACUUCACCAACUUUCUGGACACACACAACAUGCGGGCUGCGUCAUCAGAGUACUACUUGUAGUAUCUCGCAAGCAGCAAUGUCAGCAAACAUGUCUCCAACAUCACUGUUUGCCUACACCGCCGGUCGGUGGCUACACCUUGACAAACCGCAGCGCGACGCGCGGUACAUUGAAUCCAAUUUCGACCGCCUGUGUGAGAAAGUACUUUCACUCUGCCCCUCUGGCACCUCAAUUGAAAGCUGCCAGAAGCUGGAGGGUGGGUUUAGCAAAGCAUUCAUCAUUAAAACCAACAAUGGUAGACGUGUUGUUGCCAAAUUUCCCACAUCUGUUGCUGGACCAGCAAGAUAUGUGACAAACUCUGAAGUUGCAACAAUUACUUAUUUGCAAUGCAAUACCAAAGUACCUAUCCCAGCCAUUCUGGAUUGGAGUGAUGAUCCAACCAAUCCCAUUGGCUCAGCAUACAUUAUCAUGGAACAUGCCGGCGGUGUUCCACUACAGGAAGCAUGGGCAGAUAUGCCAUCAGACAAGAAAGUAAAGUGUAUUGGAGCAAUCUGUACAAGUAUUCUGCCAAUAUCUGAACUUGACUUUCCGGCAUAUGGCAGCCUUUAUUUUGCUGAUGCUUCAUUUCUUGAUGCUGAUUCCAAGCAAAAGUUGGAUAAUGAUCUUAAGUACUGCAUUGGGCCGCAUUGCAGAGGGAGUACCUACUGGGAUUGCAAUGUUGGUGAACCAAGAUACUACACAUUCAAGGAACCAAAUAGAGGACCAUGGCGCAACCUCUCCUCAUACGCCUCUGCUUUAAUCGAUUCCGGCCUUGCGAGACUGUCAUCAGCCGAUCAUCCUAUUCUCUGUCAGCAGCGAGCAUCCUACCAAGGCUCCGUGAACCGGCAUCUGGAGCUGCUCAAAGUGGGCCAGGCUGUCUUCUCUGAGUUAUUACAACACCCUGAUAUCAAAUCUAAUGCAACACCGACCCUCUUCCACCCAGAUCUACACAAGAGGAAUAUUUUCAUCUCUAAAGAUGAUCCCACCACCGUGACUGGGAUUAUCGAUUGGCAAUGCGCCAGUGUUGAGCCAGCAUUCUACUACGCAGAUGAUGUGCCUGAUUUUGCCAAAGUCCCUCCUGAGGGGACAUCAGAGUCUGCUGAGGAAACGCUUUGCAGCCAAGCAUAUGAACUAGGCUGGGCCCUUCUGGCUCCACGUCUAGGAGAAACCAGAAAGAUUGAUGAAACACUCCUCCGGCCAUUUCGCUAUUGCCAUCGGACGUGGAGAGAUGGGUUUGUACCAUUCACCCACGAACUGAUGCAGCUAAGAGAUGCGUGGAAAGAGCUUGGCUUUAAGAAGGACUGUCCCAUGCCGGCCCUGAGCCCGGAGGAGAUGAGCUUCUACAAGGAACAGCUUGGUAUCUACAAUGGGAUGCUAGAGUUUAGGCAGGAUAUGGUUGAGACCCUGGGAGUGGAGGGGGAUGGCUGGGUGUCUGAGGAUCGCUGGGAGGGAGUGAAGAAAGCUCAUCAAUAUUUCUAUGAAACUAUUAUGGCAAGUAUGGAGAAUGACAAGGACCGCGAGGAAUUGAGGACAAUGUGGCCGUUUGAUCAAUGUCAAGCUUGAAAUGGACUGGAUAGUUUUGGACAGUUGUGAUCUUAUCAAUGCUUUAAGCUCCCGUG